AUCAGGACGCAGCUUCACCAACACAAACUUUAAAUGCAACUAGGAAGAAAACAUGCAAGCUUUUUUUCCUCCAAACGGCGUAAAUACAUUAUUAACGUAAAGUUGCUCCGUUAAUCUGAACGGUUCCGAUAUUUUUUAGUGAUUUUUGAAAGGACAUUGUUGGGAGACUACAGGGAGAGGUAGUUUUAAUGUUAGCACAAGUAUAAAUCGGCCAGCUGCUGUCGUUGUUGUGCUAGCACUGAUGCUAACGGUUUUACUUUACGCUAAUAGUUCGGUGAAAGAUUUCAUGUGUGGUUAAGUGUUAAUUUGCCCCAACAACAAACAAAAUGCUGAACUCCUCACGUUUGGCUGUAUGUCUGUGUUAGUGAAGGACGAAUGCGCUGGACUGGAAGAUGGAAGUCGCUGUUAAAGGGAAGGCCAAGAGGAGGCACCUGAAUGCAGAAGAGUGUGAUGAACUGGGACAAAGUACAAGAGGCACAGACGUCCUCUCCCGACCCCACACAUCUAACCAGGGUUGGGGCAACCGCGACCCCAAUCGUGGGCUGUACCCCAGAACACCCCCCAAGCGCUGGAAAUGGGCACCUGCCUCAGGAAGUCCUACUGGGAAACAGAAGGGCAUCAGCGACUUCUUCUCUGUGACAGGAGUAGUCAGUUCAAGCCCACGCAAAUCCUCCCUGCCCUGCACCUCCACAUCUCCCAAAGAGGAGCCAAGGGUACUGAAAGAAGAAGAAGAAGAAGAAGAAGAGGAUGAUGAUGAUGAUGUCAACCUUUUAGCUGUCCCGUUGGCACCAGAGCCUAAGGUGAAGAUGGAGGAAGAGAGUGAUGAUGACAGUCUGUUAGCUGCCAUCGUGAUGCCGGAGCCUGAGGAGGACGAGGAUGAGAUUGACGAUGUCAGCCUGUUAGCUGGUACAAUGGAGUCAGAGCCUAAACCAAAGGAGGAGGAUUACCUAGAGGGAAUCACAGCUGAGAUGUUUGCAGAUGAUGAUGAAUUCGACCAGUGUGAGGAAGAGGAAGUGGAGGCCCUCCCUGAUGCUCACUAUGGGCUCCUGGGCAGCAGUAACUUGUUGCUGCAACCUCAGGGCUCCAUGGAUGACCUUCCAGAAGAGGUGCUGAGGCAAAUAUUGAGCCUUAUCCCUGCCCAGGACCUUUACCGCACUGCCAGCCAGGUCUGCCAUCGCUGGACGAACAUCGUCCACGACACCAAGUUCGUGCCCUUCAAGAAGCAGUACUACCGCUACAUGAUGCAAGAGACGGAUACAGUGCUGGAGAUCAGCUCCAUCCUGAAGAACAGCGGCGUAACAGAAAAAGCAUCAUCACAUGACAGCAUACGGAAGCUUGUUGUUUUAAUGGCUCAGCAUAACGUUGGAGAGCGUGUGAAUCCAGUGGACAUUCUGGAGCGUGUAAAGAAACAUCGCCUUUUCCCUCAAGCUGAGGCCUCCAUCAGAUUACUUAUUCCUGAUAUUCAGAAGUGCUUUAAUCUUGGCAUUGAGGGUCCUAAUCCGUACGCAGCCAUGGCCAUCAUACUGAUCCUGAGUGAGAGUGUUGGUGAUGUGCAGGCCUUGGUGUCUCUGCUCACUGGCAGCAUGUCUCACAUAGCCAUCACAGAGUACCUCAGCCACAUGGCCAUGAUGUUGCUCUCUUUAGAGAGGAGCAACAUCAGGAUUAGUAACAGGUUACAUUACAACAUCUACUAUGUACUCCACCUGAUGGAAAACGGCCCCUUUUCUGUCAGCUCUGGUCAGAGCAGGCAGGCCCAGAUUCACCUCACACGUGAGCAGCAGCAGGUCCUCUGCCACGAUAUCCAGACCGACCAUGUGGUGAAGAUAGUGGCGUUUGCAGGUACAGGGAAGACGACCACGUUGGUGAAGUAUGCUGAACAGCGUCCGCACCUCCGCUUCCUGUAUGUGGCCUUCAACAACUCAGUGGCUUGUGAGGCACGCCGCCGUUUCCCUAGCAAUGUGGACUCCAAAACUGUCCACUCAUUGGCCUAUAGCGACAUCGGGAGGAGGUAUAAACUGUAUGGAAAGCUGACCUCUAACCUGAAGCCAUUUACCGUCAACUCUGUUCUGCCUAAAGGCCGCGGUGGCUUUGGCAACGCCAAAGUGGUAACCACAACUCUCAACACCUUCAUGGCUUCACCAGAUGAGACCAUCACUACCAGACAUGUCCCCAACCGCUAUAUAAGUCAUAGCGGCUCAGAGAAGAUCAUCUCUAUUGAUGACCAACGGUUGUUUGUCCAAGAUGCUCAGGUGAUCUGGGAUAAAAUGAAGGAGCUCAAAAAGACUUCACAACACGGCUUUUACAUGCCUCACGAUGGUUACCUUAAACUAUGGCAGCUUCAAAACCCUUGCUUAUCUGACAAAUACGAUGCCAUUUUCAUCGAUGAGGCCCAGGACUGCACUCCAGUGGUCAUGGAUGUGCUGCUGUCUCAACGCUGUGGGAAAAUCCUGGUUGGGGAUCCUCAUCAGCAGAUCUACACCUUCAGAGGAGCCGUCAAUGCCUUGGACAUGGUUGAUCACACCCACAUCUACUACCUGACGCAGAGCUUUCGGUUUGGUCCUGAGAUCGCGUAUGUGGGUGCUACCAUCCUCAAAGUUUGCAAGCAAGUUCAGAAGAUUCUUGUGGGAGGGACACAGAAAGGUGGUGUUUGUGAUGAGACUGCAGAAAGGACUCUGCAGGCUGUGAUGAUGGGUACAAGUCACAGUCGAGGGAAGACAGCCAUUUUGUCGAGAUGCAACCUCGGUGUGUUUCGUGAAGCCGUCCGGUUGACUAAUGCCAACCGAAAUGUUCGCAUCCACUUCAUAGGCGAUGUAAAAAACAUAGGCCUCGAUAGGAUUCUGGACAUCUGGCACCUGAUGCAGCAGACAGAGCAGGAGAUCCCACAGUCAAGAGCCAUAAAGGAUCCCUUUUUUCGGAACUUUGCGAAGGCAAAAAAGAAUGCCUUCUGGGCCCUGAAGUCGUAUGUCACACAGACCGAGGACAAGGAGCUGGAAGGAAAAGUUAACAUUGUGGAGCAGUAUAGAAGUCACAUCCCACAACUGGUGGUUCGUCUGAAGAAGUGUCACGAAAGUGACUAUCACAAUGCAGACUUCAUGCUUGGAACUGUCCACAAGGCGAAAGGUCUUGAAUUUGACACUGUGAUAGUCACUGAUGACUUUUCAAAAGUUCCUGCUGCCAGACACAACCUGCACCACACUCCUGGCUUCAAAUUUUGGGACAUUCCACACGAUGAAUGGAACCUGCUGUAUGUGGCGGUGACUCGAGCUAGAACCUCUCUGGUCAUCUCCAAGACCAUCUAUCACAUCCUCACGAUGGCUGGGGAGUACUUCCUCAAGUCGGAGAUGCCCAGUCCCCAGCUGACAGCAGGCGGUCCUCCCCCCUGCUCCGUCUCAAACUGUCCCAACUGCAUCACACCCAGCUCAGCGUUCGUCAUGCGUGAACAACACAUGAAAUGCACCGAUGGUGUGCUUCCCGGCGGGCUGCUGUGUGAGAGGUGUGUGUGGACACGCAUCGGACCUACUGCCUUCCUCAUGACCGACGGCGUGCUCUCAAUGGCUGAAACACCACAAAGACUCGGCCCACCGUUCCACCACAUUGUUUUCAUAGGUCUUCUCUAACAGCACCUGUCUUCAAGGACCUGAAGUCUGUGUUAUUUUUAUUGUAUUGGAAGUCGGGUGAUCUUAAACACACUAACCAGAGGGCUGUACUAUGAAGCUAGUUGGACAUAGCCGGGCUGUCUUUGUGUGAGCCCAGUCAACAAAAAAAUAAAACCCCAGUUGAGCAGCUUUCUGUGUUAACUCAGACUUUCUGAGUGCGCGUUCACUGGUUUUAGUAACGUACAGCUCAGCAGAUUUAUAGAUAUGAUGAUCUGUAUCACACAUAGAGAGCGGUCAGGAAACGAUUUGGUCAAAGGGAGACGCUUCUUCCAUCUGACACUGAAAAGAACCAGGUUAGCUCCACGGCAUCAGUCAUCAUGGUGAUCUGAUUGGUUCAAAGAUCCACCUUAGUGACACUAAACAAUGCAACGUAUCUCACUUCAUAGUACAGCCCUCUGGUUAUCAGCGCCCAAACUAAAAGCAUUAAAACAAACACUUUUUACUCUUGUUUUGUAAUAUACCAGUGAUGUUUGCAGUUGUUUUAUAUUGUGAUGUGAUUCCUUUAAGAAAUAUAUUUAACAGCCUUCAGCUUACAGUCAUAAUGUGUGAUAAAGACUGGACUGUAGAGCUCAGUGUGACUAUUUUACACUUGUUUGUAAAAAAGAAAAGAAAGAUGCUGGUCA